UCUGUCAAUAUGCCAGGAUAUUUGGUAAAUUAGAUAAAGUGAUUUAAUAGCUUUAAAUUGACAAAAAUCAAAAUAAUUUCAUUAUAAAUGCUGCUGCAAAUAGCUUGUCUAAAGAAAAUGGCGGACUUUACAGACAUCUUAGCGUGAAACUGAUAACGGUCGCCGAUUGGCUUAUCUGUAAGAACCCUGCCAGCGUGAUUGACAGGCGGCGUAAUAUCAAUUGCUGAAGACUUUAAACUUACUUAAACUUUAAACUUUCCUAGCAGCUGUUCAUUAGUAUAAAUAGAAUAACAUCCUGUUUCUCGUUGAUAUAAAAUCUCUAGUAUGUAACCAUUGGACAGAAGUAGGUUGACGCUGAUCUUUUUGUGUCGGUUAUGAAAGGAUUAAUAAAUUUGAAAGUUACAUAUGACAUGACUAGUGUCUGAUUGAUUCUUUUCUUUAUCUAGUUCAGUCACUGCUGUUAGAAAACUGUUAGAAUAAUUAUUGCCAUCAUCUGAGAUACCAGUGUACGUAACUGACCAAAAUAUUAAAAAAUAUCAUGCAACUGGAAGGUGAAAACAAAUCAAAGUCAGGGUGCUUCUUGUGCUCGUGCCGUUUUUCUCUGAUCAUCAUUGCAUUUUUUGGAUGCAUGAAUAUGUACUCGUUGAGGGUAAACAUGAGUGUGGCAAUUGUUUGUAUGACUGAGGACCACAUACACAACAAGAGGAGCAGUAACACAAGCAAGAUUGAUUCAGCAAAUACCUUUCAAGAAAAUAUAACAGAGAACAUAGUUGAUCAGGUUACUUUUAAUUUAGGUACUGGAACUACCGGAGACGUCAUAGGAGUAGGCUGUCUAGUUCUUCCUGUCCCCACCAUUCCCACCCCUGAUGGUUCAAGCAAAUAUGGCGGGAAACAAUUACUUGGAUGGUGUAUGCUUCUUUGCGCUAUUGCUACUAUCAUCACACCUUUUGCGGCAACAUCAAAUGUCAUUUUGCUGAUAGCUGUGCGUGGGUUUGCAGGACUUUGUCAGGGCGUUGCAUUACCAUGUAUGCAUAAAUUGCUUUCCCUGUGGAUCCCACCUUUACAACGAAGUAGAGCGGUUUCUUUUGUUUACGCUGGAUUUCAAUUUGGUAUAAUGGUUACGUUUCCAUAUAGUGGGGUGUUAUGCGUUGAUGGCUUUGAUGGUGGAUGGCCGAGUAUAUUCUAUGUGUCAGGCUGCGUUGGAGUCAUCUGGUUUGUUGCAUGGAUGUUUUGUGUGUUUGAUUCACCCGUUCGUCAUCCAAGAAUUUCUGAACAAGAGAAAAUUUACAUCUUACAAAAACUUCAAUCAGAAGUGGAUAUAAGAAAAACGCCGACGACUACACCUUGGUCAAAGAUAUUGUCAUCAUGUUCUGUUUGGGCAAUUAUUGUUUCACAAGCAUGUUCGGAAUGGGGACUAUAUACUUUCAUGACCAACAUACCGAGUUAUAUGGAAGAUGUUUUACAGUUUCAAAUCAAAAACACUGGAUUCUUAUCAUCGCUACCAUACCUUGGAUUCUGGUUUGUUUCUAACAUAACAGCACUCAUCGCUGACUGUAUUCAAAGACGAAAGUGCAUGUCCAAAACACUUACACGAAAACUUUUGUCUGGCAUUGGGAAUAUUCUACCGGCAAUAAGUAUAGCCAUCAUGGCAAACAUUGCCGAAAAUCCUGAUCUUGCUGUGACACUUUUGACCAUUGGUGUAGCCAUAUCCGGGAUGCAGUUCGGAAGUGGUUAUCUGGUAAAUUCUGUAGAGGUAGCCCCCAUGUACGCAGGCAUUAUCAUGGCGUUUUCUAAUAGCGCUGGCUCUCUGUGUGGUUUUCUGGCACCUUUUGUAAUUGGAUUCAUAGUCGAAGACGGAACACAAGAACAAUGGAAAACCGUAUUUUAUAUAACGGCUGGAAUUUAUAUAUUUGGGUCAAUAUUUUUCGCUGUCUUUGCAUCCGGUGAGGUACAGCCAUGGGCAUUGGAAGAUGACUGUAAUAUGGAAAUAGAAGUCACCAAUGAUAGAAAAAAGAAAGAAAUAAACACAAUGGAAAACAAUAGUAAUCAUCAAAUUGCGGUCGUUAGUAUUGAAGCCAAAGCUGAAAUAAAUAAAGGGUGAUAUUUAUUUAUGACUGUUACUCUAUUAUUGGUUAAAUUGUCAAAGAAAGGGUUAACAAUCUAUUGCUCUACUUCUUUGUUAAUGUUUUGCUUUUGGUUUAAAAAAAAUGAUUUAUUUUCUAGUAACCGUAUUAUAUAUGAAAACACGUUUUUUAAAUCUAUUUCUAUAAACUUACACAAGUUUUACCGUUUGAGUUAAGUUACGUUGAAAAUUUGCCAUCUAAUGUAUAUUUAUCCAUGAUUUGAUUUUAAAAGAUGUGACAGAGAAGUUUUAAUGAUGAGUACAGAGAUCUAUCUUCUACUGUUCUA